GAGCGGCCAGUUGAAUCAUGAAACAAUUCUUCAAUUUAUGUGUAAAUCCCCCAUUAAUACACUAACCUAUUUAAGUUUUGCAUGUACUUACUUUCCCUUUACCCGUUAAAGCACACAAACUGCCACAUAACAACACGUAUAUAGCAUCUGAAAAAGUUGGUUUUAGAGUCUUUACGUACAUUAAGUUUAAGUUUAUACUUAUUUGUACAAAAAACCAAAAUUGCAACUAACGCUUGUCCUUAAGUUGAAAUAGAGAAAAAUACAAGAAUCAGUAAAAAUGAAUACCAUAUGCUUAAAUUAAUUUGUAAAACUAAAAUAUAUAUAUUAUAAAACACCAACAAAAGGAAAAUACUUAAUAAAAUUAUUUCAACUGUAUUAGCAAAUUAAAAAAGAAUUACACACGUGUAAGGAAACUUAUAAAAGCUCUUAAAACUGAAAACUUAUUUAUGAAUGUAACUGUAGCAUUAUCUAAGUAAAACCGAGAGUAAAGCAAAUAUAUAUGAUGUGUAAUCUUAAUUGACUAACUAAAUCCACAAUAUGUAUGUUGAUUUGAACAAGGAUUGGUUUAAUUGUUGACUUUUGUUGAGAAUUCCACAAAAGGAAGUUUAUAAAUGAGCGUAACUAAACUAAAUGCAUAACCUAAAUAUAAAAUUGAUUACCAUACACUUAUGUAAAUAUAUUUAUACAAUAUUGUGAACAUGAAAAAUGAAUGCAAUACAAGCAAGUUAGGUAAAAAUUCCGGUUAGGAGUUUUUUAUAUGUAACAUAUAUAUUUGAAAGAAAAAAAAGAAAACCCAGCAAACCACGAAAACAAAUGAUGAAAAUAUAACUACAAAUUAAAAUUUAUUACAAAAAAAAAACAACAAAACGAGUAUGUAUUUUCUGUGAAAUUCGCUUUCCACUUUUUUCUAUAUCUUUUUAAAAAUUUGAACUAAACUCAGUUAAAUCUUAUUUGUUAUUUGUGUGUCAACAGUAAGCUUUGAUUUAAAUGCGUUAAUUUUAAUUUCCCAUUCGGCUUCCACUACUUUUUUGGUCUCAAAAAAAUUUUUUUUCUAUGCAAAGAAAUGCUUUUUAAGUCAAUCGAGACUUUUCGUUAGUACAUGCAAUACUGUUAGAAACUGUUUGGCUCCUGCUUCAAAAUUCCACGUUAAUUGUACGGAGCAACCGGCUGCAUUGGUAACUAGACCACCCAUCCACCCACCAAUCAAGCACCCUUUUCGGGAGAAGGGGCAAGGUCACUGGACACGGCCACUCCCUGGACACGGAUACUGUUAGGGAUACGCAGACGCAGAGAGACAUUCAUCCACGGAGUUAGCGGAGGAGAUUAGGAGCAGUAGCCAGCAGUAUGACCACGCAGAGCACCACGCCGGCAGGAUUCACCGGAAACCGAAACCGCUACUACAACCCCGUCUCAAAGAUCCAGUCGCUCAUCCACAACCUGGACGCGGAGCUGGUCCAGCUGUGCAAGCACUGCACCGUGCAGAAGCCGUUGAAUAGCCUCAAUAACAACACCAGCCUUGGCAGCCACUUCUCGAGUUACGGAGCACUGGGUGGUGGCGGUGGGUCCAAAACCAUGGGCGGCAGCAGCAGCAUAGGUAGCAAUCACUUCGCUCCCGACAGUAUUGGCAAUCUUUUGGCCCGUGUCCGUGCCUCAAGUCCGUUGCCCAGGACCAUGACCAACUCGCCCACGGCGCCGGAAGCCCAAAAGCGUCAGAUGCGUAAUGUCUACCGCACCCGUGUGAUCGAUGCGUACCGUAAUCGGCGGAUCUUCACCGUAUACGGCAACUACCACACGGUUAGACGGGCUCUGAUGCGAAGGGGCUGGCUGGAGAAGCUACCGGCCUCGCGGCACGCCAAACUGCAGAGCAUGUCCGAGGAUGCCCUGCUGGAGCACGCUCGGCGGGGCAACGACUAUGAGGCGGUGGUCAUCUCCAAGAUGAUCAACCAUUUCCCGGCCUUCUUCAUAUGGCAGGGCAAGGGGCAGCGUGAUCUAUGCGCCGAGGUAAGACCCUUCCGGAACCGUGUGCGGCGCAGCCAGUUCCUGGACUUCUCCACCAAGGUGGGUCUGGUGGGCUGCGCCGAGCAGGAGCGCUGGUAUCGCGAGGACGGCGUCUGCGGCAUGAGCUAUCCGCGCUUCUAUCGCCUGGGCGGGAACAAUGUGGAGGAGCGCAUGGCCUUCAUAGAGGACUACCAGCAGACGCAGGCCCGCUCCCUGCUGCUCUAUGUGCGGGAGCACCAACCGGCGGAGCUGAUCAGCGAUAACGGCACCAUAUUCAGCACCACUCUGGACUUUGCGCUCGGAAAGGUCAAGAAGAUGGUGCGCCACGCGGAGCACUACUCCCUGGACGAUGCUCGCAUCAAGCCGCCGACUCCGGCGGAGAUCGUUGAGAAUCAGACCUUCAUGGUGCAGUCCACCGAUGUGCUCAAGUCCAAUGCCAAGUUCAAGGUCAGCGAGAAAGUGAUGGCCGAGUACGCCCGUCUGGCGGGCCUGUAUCUCGACCAGAUUGAGUCCCUUCGCCCGGACUACCGUUGGGAUGGAAGCCGCAACCUGUGGAUACUCAAGCCCGGAUACCAGUCGCGCGGCAUCGGCAUUGUAAUCCGCAGCUCCCUGGACGACAUUCUGCAGUGGACCUCUAACAAUCAGAACAAGAAAUACAUUGUCCAGAAGUAUAUAGAGCGACCCCUGCUGAUCUACCGCACCAAGUUCGACAUCCGGCAGUACAUGCUGCUGACCAUCACGGACACCAAGGUGAGCAUCUGGACGUAUCGCGACUGCUACCUGCGCUUCAGCUCGCAGGAGUUCACCAUGGACGACCUGCGGGAGUCCAUCCACCUGACCAACAACUCGGUGCAGAAGCGGUACAAGAACAAGACCAACCGGGACUCGCGGCUGCCCAAGAAUAACAUGUGGUCGCUGGAUCAGUUCAAGAACUACCUACGCAUAAUGGGUGCUCCGGACGGAUCGUGGUCGAAGACCUACAACGGAUUCAAGCAGAACCUGGUGGCCGUGGUGAUGGCCAGUCUGGACGAGACGGAGUUGUUGCAGAACGCCUUCGAGCUUUACGGUUGCGACUUCAUGCUCGACGAGCACUACAAUCCCAUUCUCAUCGAGAUCAACUCGACGCCGGAUCUGUCGCCAUCCACGGAGAUCACGGCCAGGAUAUGCCCGAUGGUUCUGAAGGACUGCAUCCGCGUGGUGGUGGAUCUGCCCAAGAACCCCACCGCCGCCACCGGAAAUUUCGAGCUCGCCUUCGAGGUGAACUACAGCAUAAACAAGGGGGCGGAUGGCAAGCCGCUGGAACUGAAUGGCAAGCAGAUGACCCUGUUCGAAAAUAUGCCCAGGGUGCGGAACAGCCCCAGGACGCGGUUCCUGCGCAAGAUUCUGAACAAUGUGAAGACCUCAACCACGAAGAAGGUCGAAAAGGUCUUGGGGGCUCCACCUAAAAAUGUGAAGACUCCCACUACCAAGAUCACCAAGAAAAAGAAACUAUCUGCGUCAGCUGGAAGCUCGACGGCAGCCUCUGCCCAGCCAUCAACGCAGAAUUUGACAACCAAGUUGAUUCUAAAUCCAACAACUCGGGAAAAUCUUGCACUGCAAUAUACUGCUCCAAAGUAAAUUGGCUAAAUUGAACUUCCUUUUGUGCGGAAUGAAAAACCCUUUUUUUUGGACAGUAGAUCCAAUGACAGACAAAACAAAAAUAUGCAUAUAAUGUACAGAACUGUAUUAGUAAUAAAUAGUUGCAAGGAAAGAAAGCCCAGCUGGAUAGGUUUGCAUCCUAAGAAAACAAAAAGAAAUCCGAGAAUCAAUGUUCUGGCCGCCAGUGGAGAUCAAUAAAACAUACAUAUAAAAUAACACAUAAAUAAAAUAUACAGUCAGGACCAUUAGUUCCCAAAUCGAUUUAAAUUUAUUAAAUAGAUAUAACAAUUUUAGAAUACAAUAAAUCUCGCAGAUUUUCAUAACAA